CAGAGGGAGGGAGAUGUGCGCGAGCACAUGGCACGCCUGGCGUCUGGCGCUCGCGUAACAUAUAUAGACAGACAAAUACUGGGUAUAGAAGUGCAAUUUCAUAUUGUAUAUCUGCGCGAUGUCGAGAGUAAACAUCCGAAUGUUUUUAAUGACAUGUGCCUCGCCAGACAUUGUUGUCUACCAAUAGCGAGGCGCAUCGCAAUUCGGGCACGAGCUAUUUAUUGCCAGCUCGGAGCAAAAACACGACGCAACCCGCCAGCAAGUAGACCAAGUGCACGAAUCGACGCAUACGGGUUAGUGGCUGGCGAUACCUCGUUCUGAUACACUUACUCGGAGACAGCCUUACGCUUCAAGCGUCUUCUGCUAGGCCUCCCGUAGUGCUUUUUUUUGCGAGUCUUCUGGCCAUUGAGUCAACAAGUUUCAAGCUUCGUGAUUUCGACGAGGACAUUUCUAAAGCUUCGUUUUUUCCUGCCCCGGUGCCGUUGUGAUCGAUCAAAUUAUUAAGAAUAAUCAUUUGGUGAGAAAUAAGUGCAUAGCAUUAUGACAUAACCUCUUGGGACGAAAUUAAAUUAGAAAGUUUAAGCCUGUAAGCAGAAAAGACAGUGACAUUUUUAAUAGUGCGCUGCAAGUGAAUCUCGUCGUUCUUAGUAAACUUGAAUCUCAAAAAAAUUGCGUGACAUGUUAAGAGUAGCAGCUAGAGUUUUAUGCCAAAGAAGCAGCCCUUCGACGUCCUUGUCAAGCUGCGCGCUGUCAGUUAUUCAUCGACGUUAUACCGAGAAUGACAACAAAACCGAUAAUUUGUCGAUUGCGAAUAGCAGUGACAGACGAAAAAAUACCGACAAUGUAUCGGAAGGCAGCAAAGUCAAGUCGCCGUCUCGCGUAACAGUGAUGAAGAAAUACUGGAUCUUCCGUUAUGUAGAUUAUGUGAAAAAUUACGAGCAGGUGAUGGAAAAAAAUUUCCCGACCACCAUGCACGUUUACAGAGUAUUUAGCGUUGGUACCAAAGUCUUUUAUCAGGAUCUCAAACGAUUUUUAAAAGUGAGCAAAAAGAUUCGCAAGCAAGGCAUCGAUACGCUUUCGACAGACGAAUUACAGCUUGCCUUUACAAUGCCCAAGGAUUUGAUUAGGAUAUCUCCUGUGCUUCUCAUUUCUGCUAUACCGUUUACCUUUUAUAUUAUUUUUCCACUAGCUUUGUACUUUCCACAUGUUGUACUGACCUCGCAUUAUUGGUCGAUUCAGGAUAAACUGAAUUUUAUGUUAAAAGAGCACAAGCAGCGACUGAAACACAACAAGCCUCUAUUCCGUUGUUUUCAAAGUCAAAUAAACAAAAUUAAAGAUCAAAAGUUGCAGGAAUCUGUUGGAAAUAUUGUUGCUUGUCUUGGAAGUGGAACUCAUCCAACAGUAGAAGAUAUACUUCAAUGCAAAUCAUUAUUUUCUGGACUUCCAUACUCGUUAAAACAUAUAAAAAGAAAGCAUGUUAAAGAAUUAUUAAAAGUUCAUGGUAUGAGCACAUACACUUUGAGAAAAAGGAAGAAACUUUUAGAAAGAGGAUUAUUAAUAAAAAGAAUGGAUGCAGCUAUUCAACGAGAAGGAGGACCUUCUAUGUUAUCAUAUGAUGCUAUUCGCUGGGCACUGUCUUUUCGAGGGUUAAAUCCGGUUAAUAUGUCAUUAGACAGUAUGCAAUCCUGGCUAGAUCAGUGGUUAUUAAUAUCGUCAAAAGUUGAUGCAGACAGUAUUUCAUUACUUUUACAUUGCCCAAUUUUACUUGCUUACAAUCAUGAGACCAAUUGGACUCUUUUAUAUCACAGUCAACAAAAGUAAUAGAUUUUUUUUUAAAUUAUCCUAUAGUUCAGUUUUCAUGAACAUAUGUACAAAAAUUCAUCAAGUCAUACCCUGUGGAAGCAUUGUGAUAAAAAAAUAACAGUGUAUAUAUUUGAAUAAAAAAUUGUU